AUGCCGUCCACAUCCCCAUCCCACCCUUUCGCCUCGCCGAACGCCAUUCCGCCCCGCACGAGCUCCACCGGUAUCCUCAACGGAAACAGCAUCAGACAGCAGCGAUCGAGUGUCUUGCGCCCGCUGAGUGAGGUCGAUUGGAUGGGCCAGAGCAAGAAGAGCAAGACGAGCCAUUCUGAGGAGGCGCUGGGGCAGAACAACGAGGGCCACAUACCGCAGCCGCACACCAUGGCGCAUAACACACAAGGCGGCGCGAGUCUGGAGGUCAGCACAAACUACCCCACGCCGAUAUCGCCGCCGUCAGAUCCAACAAAAGACCUGAGCGAGGACUUGAUAUAUGGCAAUGGAGCGACGUGGACGGAGGAGAAGGAGCGCAUAUUACUGGGGCCGUACGACUACCUCUAUGGCCACCCGGGCAAAGACAUCCGCAGCCAAUGCAUCGCCGCAUUCAAUCUGUGGUUGAAAGUCCCGCCAGAGCGGAUUGGAAGUCAUAACGCGUGUCAGUUGGGAUGGCUGCACACGGCGUCGUUACUCGUCGACGACGUAGAAGACUCCUCCCUCCUCCGCCGCGGCAUCCCCGUCGCACACUCCAUCUUCGGCACGCCCCAGACCAUCAACACCGCCAACUACGUCUACUUCAAAGCCCUGCAGGACCUGCUGCGCAUGAACAACCCCAAGCUCAUCGAGAUCUUCACCGAAGAACUGCUCAACCUGCAUCGCGGGCAGGGCAUGGAUUUGUACUGGCGCGAUAGCCUGACGUGUCCGAGCGAGGCGGAUUAUCUGGAGAUGGUGGGAAAUAAAACGGGCGGAUUAUUUAGGCUCGCGAUCAAACUCAUGCAGGCGGAGAGUGCAGUGGAUGUAGACUGCGCCCCUCUAGUAUCCACCAUCGGCCUGCUCUUCCAAAUCCUCGACGACCACCUCAACCUCUCCCCAAACCUCAAACUACACCUGCCCUCAAAGGCCUGUGCGAAGACCUCACAGAGGGCAAAUUCUCUUUCCCCGUUAUACACGCCAUUCGCGCGGAUCCUAGCAACCAGAUCUUGAUAAACAUACUCAAGCAGAAGACGAAUGACGAGGAGGUCAAGCGCUAUGCGCUCAGGUACAUGGAGAGCAAGGGCAGCUUUGAGUAUAGCAGGGGUGUGAUUGCGGAGCUGAGGGGGAAGGUGGAGGGGCUUGUCGGGGGGAUUGAGGCGGGGAUGGGGGAGGGCGGGAGGGAGGGUGCGGAGGCAUUGAGGGGGAUGUUAGGGCGGUUGGUUUUGAGUUGAUGUGGCCAUGUGAAGAAAGUUGCUUGUUGGCGGGAGUAUUUAAUUUGCAUAGCGCAUGCAUCGUUUCAACACGUAAAACGUGGUAAUGAAUAAUCUUUGACGGAAUUCUUACCCAAA